UUUUACUCUCUAAUUUCUCUUUUUAAUAGUACAUUGCUUUGUCUUUACAUUCACAUAUUUAAUUUAAUCUGAUUGUUCAUCGUCUUCUUUCAAAAUUUUAAAUUUAAUUCUGUUCAUGGGUUUUCCAGAUCGGUUCAUAUCCCUCCCUAUGCAAUCAUUUCAAUUUUCUUACGAACCCAAAUGCUACUAUAUCUUGAAUCAUUUUGAACAAUGUAAUCCUCUACUUAUUGUAUGCGGACCAAAAUUAGAAAAGAAUAAGACUCAAAUAAUUUUACGCCCGCCAUGUGUUCGACAAAAAGACCGUGUGGUUUAUGUUUGUGGGAAGCUUUGAUGAUACUUUUCAUUUGAAUAUCCUUAUGUUUUAUUCUUACUUUGCGCGACUAGUUAUGUCGUCAAGAAGGCUAGGAAAUCCAACGCGAAGGUUUGUGGGUGGCGGUAGUAAUUCGCUGGCGGGGAUUUUUCAUUCAAAAACGCGUCUUACGCCUCUAUUACCCAUUAUCCUUGUCUUGGUAGGAGCGUUCGCUAUCCUUUCACAUCUUUAUACGCACUCAGGUGGCUUUAGGGAUGCUAAAGUAAUUCACAUGGUUGAAGGUGAUUUUGGUUGCUCAUUAGAUGUUCAAACGGCUAUACCUUUUCUAAGGAAAACAUACGGUGAUGGAAUGCAGAAAGUAUUGCAUGUGGGCCCUGAUACUUGUGCGAUAGUCUCCAAACUGAUGAGGGUAAAAGAUGUGGAAGCAUGGGGUGUGGAACCAUAUGAUAUCGAGGAUGCUGACGUGGCAUGCAAACGUCUUGUGAAAAAGGGUAUCGUGCGUGUUGCCGACAUCAAGUUCCCUUUGCCGUACAGACCGAAAUCGUUCUCGCUUAUCAUAAUUUCGGAUGCAGUUGAUUACCUUUCUCCAAAGUACCUCAACCGAACCCUUCAAGAUUUAGCAAGAGUGUCUGCUGAUAAUCUUGUUAUAUUCACAGGUUAUUCUGGUAAGUCAAGAGCUAAAGUUCAACAACUAUCUAAUUUUGGACGCCCGGCUAAAAUGAGGAGCGCGUUAUGGUGGGCCCGGUUUUUUGUUCAAAUGAGCCUCGAUGAGAAUGAAGCUGCAGCGAUGAAGUUUGAGCAGGCCGCUUAUGAGGGUUCAUAUAAGCCUAAAUGCCAAGUUUUCCACCUCAAUUCGUAUCAGUGAUACGAUAAUUGUGUUUAUCUUGAUUAAUUGCAACUUGAUGAUGUUUUUAACCAAAAAUCAUUCAAUUCAUUUGAAUUUGAUACAGUUGGCUUGCGUUACAAAUAAAUAUGAGAUUAUGUUC